AAAAGCGAUAUCCCCGCGAAAUAUUAAACGAAAUUGUUAAAAAUCGUACAGUAUCGAUUGAGUGUCUGAUUGGUUAAACCAGUGCUUAACGCAAGUAUGGCCGCUUUGCCGUCACCUACGCAGGUGGCUGGAUGCCAUACUGCAAUAUAUGAAGCUUAUUAUAAUCAGAUUGAUCCAAAUGGAUAUGGACGAAUUGAGGCAAUGGAUGCUGCAAGAUUUCUUAAGAAAUCCCAGUUGAGUGAUGUUAUUCUGAGUAAAAUAUGGGAUAUGGCUGAUCCACAAUCGAGAGGUUCUUUAGAUAAAUCUGGCUUGUUUGUUGCACUCAAAUUAUGUGCAUUGGCACAAACAGGAAAGGAUUUGAAUAUAUCUAAUCUAAGUCUAGAAUUGCCACCACCGAAGAUGGGAGACAUUCCAGUCAUUCCACAGAAGACUAUGACUAAUGCUUUGCCUGUAAUAACAUCUGUCAAUAAUGGAGAUUGGUCAAUUAAUCCUACAGAACGAGCGAAAUACGAUCAGCUUUUUGAUAGCUUACAGCCAUCUAAUGGUUACAUAUCUGGAAAUAAAGUAAAAGGUGUUCUUAUGGAUAGCAAACUUCCCUUGGAUACUCUUGGUAAGAUUUGGGACUUGGCAGACAUGGACAAGGAUGGUAUGCUGGAUAGACACGAAUUUGUAGUUGCUAUGCAUCUUGUAUAUAAAGCAUUGGAAAAAUAUGCGAUACCAAGUGUACUUCCACCAGAAUUAAUGCCGCCUAAUAAAAGGAAAGACAUUAUUAUCUCUAAGACUAAGUCUCCUACACUGAUAGGCAUGGCAGUUACUGCACCACCGUCAUCGCAAUCACAAGCACCACCCUUAUCAAAUACGACGACCGUUAAGAGCUUGACUGGAUUAGAUGCUGUAAAAACAAGCGCGCAACAUUGGGUAGUUUCGGCUGAAGAUCAAAUAGCUGCGGAAAAGUUAUUUUUACAAGCUGACAUGGACAGAGAUGGAUUUGUCUCUGGUUUAGAAAUCAAGGAUGUCUUCCUACAAAGUGGACUUCCACAUUCUGUAUUAGCCCAUAUAUGGAGUUUAUGCGAUAUUUGUCAAAGUGGAAAAUUAAAUAAAGAACAAUUUGCCAUAGCCAUGUGGCUUAUCAAGCAGAAACUCAACGGUAUAGAUCCUCCGACAAGUUUAACUCCUGAAAUGAUACCGCCUUCUAUACGGAAAGUUGGGGAAACUAUUGUGGAAAACAAUAACAUAUCAGGCUAUUCGAAUCCAGAGUUGGAUAUGAUAAGUAAAGACAUAGCGGAACUUGUACGUGAAAGACAAAGUAUGGAACAGGAUAUUGCGCAAAAGGAAGCCGAUAUUAAGAUAAAAAAUGGAGAAAUCAAAAGUCUUCAAAGCGAAUUGGAUACGCUUGCGGCAACAUUGAAGCAACUUGGAAAUCAGAAGGGUGAGGCACAGAAGAGAUUGAACGACUUAAAAGCCCAGAAGACUGAAGUAGAUAGAGAUUUGAAUGAGGUCGAAGAGAAGAUUCAAAAGGAACAGAAGAAGGUCGAUAAACUUCGCCAACAAGCUGAAGAACAAGAAUCGGUGCUGCGGAGUCAAGAAGAAGAGUUGAACUUCAAGAGACAAGAACUUGAAGGACUGCGACAAGAGGAGCAGCAAUUAGAACAGCAACAGAAUAAAAAUAGGGACCAGCUAAAUGAAUUGACGAAGAAAUUGCAAAAUACUCAGUUAGAAAUCUGUCAAGCGAAGGCUAAAAUUACUCAUUUACAAGAACAGCAGCGUCAGAUGAGUGAUGCAAUUGCACUUUAUGAUUCUGCACUCGCUGCAGGAGAUGUCAAUCUUGUACCUGAUACUAGUCUGCAGUUUGUACCAGAGAUUGAAGAUAUAGAAUAUGAAACAACUAAGAGUGCAGAUGAAGCGAAUGAAAUGAAAACGGAUACAACUGGAACUAGCACUUUAAACGGAUUUGGAGAUCAAGAUCCUUUUGCAUUGAAUAAAGCCAAAGAAACAUUUAGCGCACCGAUAUCCGAUCCAUUUGGAAGUGCGUUUUCUGCGCAGCAAUCUAAUAAUUUUACAGCAGAUCCUUUUACUGCGUUCGAUAAUACCAAUAUGGUAAAGCAAGAUCCUUUUGAUCCAUUUGAUAAUGGAAAGCGAGCUGAGAAUAAAACGUCUACAACUACAUUGAACGCAAAAGAUCCAUUUGGAGAAGAUCCAUUUGCCAAUCUUCAUGCUCCUCCUCGUCCCGAGAGCCCUAGUCCCGCU